AUGAAAACGUUAACGCAGGAUAUCAAGUCUUCAUAUGGUGUCUAUAUUCCAUUUUUUGAGGGUUCUCUGACAGAGGCAAGGGAAAAAGCCCAAUCUGAUACUAAGUAUUUCGUGAUCUAUCUACAUUGUCCAACUCACGAGGAUACCAAGGCGUUUGUGAAGUCUAUUCUUGGCAAAGACGAAGUCAUUGCACAUUUUGUUGAGAACAGCAUCCUAUACGGUAGUUCCGUCAUGGAAAGGGAGGGCCAUAAUCUUUCCAUUGAGCUGGGAAUAAUGACCUACCCCUCCGUAGUGGUUUAUUUCAAGGGCACUGUUGUAAUGAAGCUCCAGGGACUGUAUACGAAGGACAAGUUCCUUGAGGAAUGGCGGGUGUGCACGAGCAUGUGGGAUUGCAUUGUUGCUGAGGAGAUUAGCCUGCGUUUUGAGCGCAAGGAGCGAGAGCGUAUCCGACAGAAAGAUGAGGAGGCCACAUCGGAAAUGGAGAAAGCCGACAUUAAGCGGCUAGAAAGGCUUGCUGAAGAAGAAAGGAUGCGCGAGGAGGCGGCGCGGGCUGACGAAGAGCGCGUCGCGCGAGAGGCUGCACAGCGGCUGGAGGAGGCGACACAAGCGGCGCAGCGGCAGCGUGAAGAGAUGGAAAAUGCAAGGCUCCGUCAGGAGCGGCGGGCUCAGGCUAUGGCGCGCCUUCCCACUGAGCCGCCUGAGAACACGGACCCGAGUUUGAUUGUUUUUAUAAGCCUCAAGACUCUGAGCGGGAAGCAAAAGACGCGUUGUUUUUUUCGUACCGACCACGUCGAUUGCAUUCUUGACUUUGCGACCUCCCUUGAGGAGAAUGAUGGGGAGAAGCUAAAGUUGGUGACCGGUUUCCCACCGUCAGAGCUUCAGUGGGUGCCCGCGGUUACUACGAUCGGCGAGAUUCCUAGCCUCUGUCCUCGGGCGGUGGUAUUAUUGCGUCGAGGCUGA